UAAACACACAGCCAGUACAGUCAGAAAAUCCCUCAUUUCCGAGUGAGUGGGCAAGCUGAAGAGAUCAACACUGCAUCUUUCCACACAGCAAAGAUACAUUUGAGAUGGACAGUCCUCUUUUUACUCAUGUGCUGAACACUGAGGAUGGGGUUCCUGCAGCACGCAUGGCCCUCAGUCUGCAUCGUCUAGACCCUCAGAUGGCCCUCUGGAACCUUAUCACUCCUGGAACAACGGAUGAGAAUGGCCACUGUCCAGGGCUAAUCACCAGACAAGAUUUCCCUGUAGGGAUGUACAAAUUACGUUUUGAAACUGGACCGUAUUGGGAAAGUUUGGGCCAGACCAGCUUUUACCCUUAUGUAGAGAUUGUCUUCACAAUAACAGACCUGGACCAGAGGUUUCAUGUGCCUGUACAUCUCAGCAGAUACACAUACAGUGUCUGUAUGUGGUGUAGCUGUAGGCAGUAGUAGGUACCUGAUUCAGCUCACUAAAUAACUGCAAAGAUCUUCAUGGAAUAAAUAUAUAUUUUAUACACAUAUACACUUAUAUUAAAUGUAAAAAACAAAACCUUAAGAGCAGUGGUUUUAGUCGAGUCCUAAAUUGACAUAGCCUUUUCGAGAUGUUUAUAUCCCUUUAUAUUUCUUACACACCAAAUUCAGCCUUGGUAAACCUGGUGAGUUGAGUCUAGUCUAUUAACUGCUAAAAUGUGUAGUGCUGUGGUUUUGAGACCCUGAUAUUUGUGACUGUUGCAAACUUUGCCCGAUCUGCUUUUCUACCUGUCCAUAUGCUGUUAGAAUACAGCACUACACAUAUGGAAGUUAUAGAUUUUUGUAACAGUUACUGAAAAUAACAAAUAAACAAACUUUUCUCCUUGG